ACAUAGGAGGUAGCUAGCAGCAGGAUGGAUAUAGCAAAUACCAAACAACAGGGGUGGACAGCGCCACACUAGCGUUAGCUAAACUCUUCUAAAACAAAUUGAAUUUUGGUGUGCAAUGCAUAAAUACAAUAUAAAACGACAUAUUGGUUUAACUGACGUCUGUAUGCAUCCAUCUCUGAAAUAUAUAUGAAGAUUACAAAACAUAUUUUCUUGACAGUGAAAAAUACUGGAGCUGCAUUCUGGUGUACAACUAGCAGCAGGCGCCAAGUCUCAUUCGGCAACGUAGCUAGAGAACUGAGGAGCACUCAUCCUCCGUCGAUGACAACAUGGAGUAAACAUGGCCCACAAGAGCAUUUUUAUUGAAGCUCUAGAUAGAUCAGAGGCCAAGAGAGAUGGAGGUUACAGACAGAACUGGAGCUUCUCUCUCUCUGGUGACUGUGAGGAGCAGAGGAGGCAUGACCCUCCUGUGAGUAUGGAUGAAGCUGGCGGACCGCAGGAGCUCUCCCCUGAGGGGUUGAAGUCUCCCCCCCUGAAGCAUUUCACUUCCACUGACACGCAGAGGACUUACGAGAGGAGGCCAAACCAUCCCAAUCAUUAUAGGACUCUAAACAAAAUUGGAACAAAUAGGAUGCUCAGUGAAAGUCCACACUCGGUAGCAGCGUCUCAACAGAUGCCCAACAGAACCAAUUAUUUUAUUCUCAGCCCCUCGCCCUCGCAGGGUGUAGUCGUUCAGGGGAGACUGUUCCAGCACGCACACACUCCCUCUGCAGUACGUAAGCCCACCCAAAGUCUUGACUUGAAAGAAAGAAGUGACUUCAACACCCAGUCAAUCCAAAGAGUAGACAUUGAGAGCAUUACACUCACCUGCCAAGACAUCUCAGAUACGGAUGACAUCAGCAUUAAGAGGCGUGUUCAGCAUAAGAGGAGGCCGGUGCAUGACCCCAUGGUCAGCUUCUCCUCUCCAGCACACACAGUAGAGCCCGUCCUUCAGCCUCAUGAGUACUUCUCUGUGUGUGGGAAGUGUGGCAAACGCAGCGAGGACCACACCAAGUGCCAGAACUGUGGUAUUGCUCUUCCAGCCGAGUCGCUCCCCCCACACCACCAGCACUCGUCCCAGGCGAACCCCACCCUCUCCCCCCACGCCAGACCCCCCAUCCGCUCCACUCAGCCCUCCCCCGCCCUCUCGAGCAGCUCGAAUAGCGGCCUGACGCUCGGCAACAAGAACUUCUAUGGCGCGGCCGCCGGCGGCCUGCACUCGUCUCACGUGGACGUGGUCAUGAACCCGCCCGCCCGCAUUACCCGCGGUAACCUGCUGAUGCCGCACAGCGGCGGUCGGACGUGCAUGGGGCUGGCGGGGAGUACUGCGGCAGCUUCGACAUCGUACCAGGCCAAAAUCUCAAACUGCAAGAGGCAUUCGCUCUCCAAGGCCCAUGAACUCAACGACCCUAUUGUGCUGUCCAGUGACGAAGAGGAGGAGGCUGACAAUGCCAGCACGGGUAGCGUCAACCGAUUGGACAGUGUGUCUCCACGGCCUGCGGACUCUGCCCACUCCUCUCCGGCGCCCUCGGGGGGCAAGGUCGAGGCAGCGGUAAAGGGGCCGGCAGAGCAGCAAGACGAGCUCACAGCUGACUACUUCACUGAGAUCACAGAACCGCGCCUCGUGAUACCCAGGAAACCGCGCAUGAAAGAUGCGUAUGGGAACGCGGUGUGCGAAGACCACUGUACCCCAAAGAGGCGUAAAAUCACUGCUCCCAAGCUAGAGAGCAUCAUCCUGGAGUGUCGCAGUGUCAGAAUAGGGACCCUGCGACGGAUGGUCACCAAGCCUGUCAUUUUCUCAUCAGAAUACAUUCAGCUUGAAACUGAAAGUCGUGAGGUGGACAUUAUGGAGAAGGUGCGUCUGCGGGCGUCGGAGCUGACCAGCUGUGAGUGGUGCAACGUGCGGAAGCUGCCGGUGCUCUUCUUCCAGACCAGCGCGGCGGAGUGCCAGCGGCUACGCCAGCAGCUUCACAUGUCGCAGGAGAGCGGUGGCCUGUGGUACGACUGCAGCGGCAACAAUCUGGACGAAAAGUACAUAGUGCUCAUCUUCGAGAACGGACUCUCCAUGCAUGAGCAGAUGAUUCUAGAGGAGAUCUUGGUAGAGAUUGGGCGCACCAAUGCCCUCACCGAGUUCCCUUCCAAGCUGACCUUCGCGGAAGCCAACGUAAGACUGGUGCAGUACAACAAGGCCGCCAAGGAAAAGGAGAAAGUCAAGGUGCAGGAGAACACACAGAAAAGCACAGCAGCCUCAGCAACAGCUACGUCCAGCCCAACCCCCACCACCCCCACCACCAGCCCAACCCCCACUAACACCUCCACCUCCAGCCCAGGUCCCCCUGCGCCGCCUCCUCUGCCCCCCGGGCGGACGCGGAUGUCCACGCGCCUCCACUCCUGCUUCGAGGACGAGGAUGAAGACGAUAUGGAGCUGCAGCCUACAUUCACUGGCCCUGUAGUAAAGCUCAUGGUGUACCCCCCUCCCCCGGCCAAGGGAGGAAUAUCCGUGACCAAUGAAGACCUCCACUGCCUCAACGAUGGAGAAUUCCUUAACGAUGUCAUCAUCGACUUUUAUUUAAAGUAUUUGUUCUUGGAACGGUUGAAAAAGGAGGAUGCAGGACGGAGCCAUGUGUUCAGCUCUUUCUUCUACAAGCGGCUAAACCAGCGCGAGAGGAGGAAUGUGUCGGACACGGCCAAUCUCCCGAUCCAGAAGAGAAAGCACAACCGGGUGAAGACCUGGACUCGCCACGUCGACCUCUUCCAGAAGGACUUCAUUUUCGUCCCCAUCAACGAGUCGGCUCACUGGUACCUGGCUGUGAUUUGUUUCCCUGGCCUAGAGGGCCCGAAGCUGGAGCCUAACCCCCUUUACCAGCCCCCUUCACAGGCUGUCAACAGGGUCAGCCCUGUGCUCGACCGGGAGCACCCUUCGUCGGUCCGGGAGGCGCCGACGUCCGCCCCCGCCGACCCCUCUCCGCCCCACAGCGGUGCCCCACUGGCCUGCCCACUCGGACCCGCCAACGCCGCCGGGCAGCAGCACAAGGCCGUGCCCGUGUGCCCACACCUGGCCCAGGAGACCGGCUGCGGCCACGGCAUUAACGGCCAGCUCAAGGUCCAGCCACAGUACUCAGAUGGUUUGCACAGGAUCAGCGUGUGUUAUGGAUCAGGGAGUGGCCAUGAUGACGCCUUUGUCUUCCCUGAUGAGAGAAGCUCGAGUCCCGAUGAGUGUAGUGAAGACGGGGCACUGGCGGACGACACUCUAAAUUCUGAAGGCAUGGAGUGGACGUCCAAACCUACCAUCUGUAAACAGCCUUGUAUUCUCAUCAUGGACUCCUUACGGGGCCCAGCUAGAUCCACUGUAGUGAAAACUCUCAGAGAAUACCUUGAGGUGGAAUGGGAGGUGCGGAAGGGGACCCAGCGGAGUUUUGGCAAGGACGUGAUGAAGGGCUCGAGUCCGCGCGUGCCUCAGCAGGACAACUUCAGCGACUGCGGCGUGUACGUCCUGCAGUACGUCGAGAGCUUCUUUGAGACCCCUAUCCCAAGUUUCCACCUCCCCAUGAACCUGCUGGAGUGGUUUGCUCCGCAGCGGAUGAAGAGGAAGCGUGACGAGGUCAAGGAGCUGAUCCUGAAGCUGCAGUCGCAGCAGCAGGCCGAGGGCAUCACGCCGGGCCGAGGGGCCGACGAGGACGCCGACGAGGAGGACCCUGACGGACUGGACGUGCAGGAUAUCCCCGUCACGUCCUGAGGCUGCUGCGGCACCUUGGCCCUUUUUCGCCGUCUCCGCCGAUGCUGCUCGUGUGCUCUUGAGUCUCACACAUUUGGUUCAGUCUGGGCCUCCCUUCUCUCUCUCUCUCUCUCUUAAGCCCUCCUGGGGGGAGGGAGGGGGGGGGGGUGCUGGCUCACACCGGGACCCUCACCCCCCCAACCAACUGCCCGCCCGCCCCUCCCAUCUGUGAUUGUAGGCUGCUGGAUAAGUUCUCCUUGAAUUCUAUCAUAAAAUGAAAAAAAAGAAGAGAGAAAAAAAACAGAUAAACACCACAUCUCUGUCCCCUCCAUUACACCAUUAACCACAACUGUCAGACUUCAAAGACAACAAAAAAAAGAGAGCAAGAAAAAAAAAAAAACAUUUUUAAUUUGUAUUGAAUAAUAAUAAUAAUAAUAAAAAGGUGUACAUACUGUGCGCUGGAAGUUUUUGCUGCCUUUGUAAAUUGCUGUUGUCAGUGCAUCUCCAUACCCCAUGAUUUCCUGGCUCCCCAACCUUCACCCUGUUUUCGAUGGAUUAAUGUACACGUCCUUAUUGUUUCCAUGACGCUGGUUAAGUGGAGCUCCGUAUUCUUUUCAGGAGGACUAGCACAGUGCUGUUAAAAGUGUUCUUGCGCCUUUCAGUGUGUUCAUUUUAUUUUAUUUGUCGUCUUGUUUUGUUUUUCUUUGGUUUUGUUUAUGCUUUCAGGGAGUAGAAGUUGCUGUUAUUUGUAAAUUAUUAUACCCACCAGUCUGGAAGAAGAAAAAAAAGACAAUGUUUCUAAACUUCUACUUCUCAUAAACGUUGCUAGCCAGUGCCUGUUGAAGCUUUACAUAAUGUUACCACGCGUGGGUGGAUUUCAUUUUUGAAUAUUAAACAAAUUGAGCUGCAAGAGUGCACAUUUUGCCUUAGUCCACACAAUACAAGAAUCUCAAGCUCC